CGUUAUUCCUCUACAACGCAGUCGUCUAGACUAGGACGAGAUGGCCCAAAGGAGAUUCUGCAAGGAGCAAGGCUCGACCUUCCAGCAGAAGCUUGGCAGCUUCUCUGUUGCCAUCUGGCUCUGCAACUGCAGCCGUCGGUUUUGGCGGCUAUGUCGGUAGCUCUAGAUUCGAAACUUGUGUAUCAAACGAAGACCGUAAUCCCCUUCUUGGAUUUGGAUAGUGAGGUUUCCCAACACUUGCAACGUCUUCCUAGGAAAGACCCUACAACAAAAGGGUUAUUCAAUCGACUACGAGACCUGCUUUUCUUGAUUGUGAUUUUGUUUGUUUCAACAGAUUAAAGCUCUUGCUUCCCUGUCAGAACUGAUUAAAGCAAAAGAAAGGCAAGGAACUCUUGCCAAUAAUCCCACAAUGGGAGAGAUUUAGCACCUCAUCUUAAGUCUAUAAUUAAUGGGGCCCUGGUGGUUUUCACAGUUUGACCUGGCAUCUUAAGUUUCUCAAGCAGCAAAGUCGUCUUUGCAGGCAGCAUUCCCUGCACAGGAAAAGAGAUUGCACGCCUUGAAUUUAUGUUCAGCUGAGAUUUUUUGCUUAUCUGGAGUAAAAUCUCAAACUUACACCCCAAAAUUUAUCUGAUAAAGUACUUGCUUCAGAUGAAUUAGAAGAAAUGUACCAGCAGCUUGGCUGCUUCUUUGUUGCCGUCUGCCUCUGCAGCUGCAGCCGUACGUUUUGGUGGCUAUGUCGGUAGCCCUAGCUUCGAAACUUCUAUGUCAAACAAAGAUUCUGCUCCCUUCUUGGAUUAGGAUAGUGAGGUUGCCCAACACUUGCAACGGCUUUCAAGGAAAGACCCUACAACAAAGAACCGAUUAAGCAAAAGAAAGGCAAGGAACUUUUGCCAAUAAUUCCACAAUGAUAUUUGAGUACAAGAAGUUGAUACUGGACAAUAGUAGAGAUGUUUGGCGAGCUACGUAUGAUGUCAUGACUAAUGUUGUCACUGGUGCCGGGUUUGAUUUUCUCAUGCAUGUUCUUUUUCUUGCCGCGAUGCAGUGUCUCAUUUAUUUCUAUUUUGGAUUCAUACACUUGGAUGUCAUCAUGUCAGUAUAAAACUUAAUGCUAAAUUCAUGAAUUUAUGUGGAAUGGUAUCUCAAUGGGAACCCAGACGAGGCCACCAUGCAGGCAUGCACACAACUUCGCUUUUUCUCUCUCUCAUCAGUUUUGUAUAAAAAAAAAAAUCUAAAGAUAGUAAAGAAGACAGACCAAAUCGCAGCCGUCUAUUUCAUUUCCCAUAUAAAGAAGUUGGUAGAGGAAAUGACAAUACUACCCUCUAUCCUUAAACCCUCCUAUUCUCUCACUUUUUAUGGAUUCUGCGCAAAUUCAUGCAAAAAGGAGAAAAAGUCGCACAGUCCCCAAGAUUCUGUGUGAGUGUGUGUGGUUGUGGUAUUGAAUUCUUCGCUACUUUUCGCCGUCCUUUUCUAUUUAUCAUAUUUUGUUCUCUCUUUAAUUUCCCCAUCCGUUCACAAUAUACCAAUCUUAUCACCCUAUAAUAUUGUAUGGAAUCAACUCACUGAAGGAGAUCAUAUGUGGCUCAAGAAGUGAUCCUUAAAGGGGAAAUAAUAUGAAGAGAAAGCAUUACUUUGACUUCAACCAUCCAUUUAAUCAAUGUCCUUUCGAGGUGUUCUGCUCGGGGACAUGGAAGGCCGUGGAGUACUUAAGGAUCGAGAAUGGAGCGAUGACGAUGCCUCUCUUGGAGAACGGACAAGUGUUGGAUGAUAUAAGACCAUUUCAGAGGCUUCGUCUUAGAUCAAGAAAGGCCACUUUGGUCGAUUGUACAUCUUUUCUAAGACCUGGUCUGGAUGUUUGCGUUCUCUAUCAGAAAGAUGUCACUGUGGAUGAAGAGACUACAGAGCCGGUUUGGGUGGAUGCAAGGAUAUUAUCUAUAGAGAGGAAGCCUCAUGAAUCUGAAUGCUUGUGUAUAUUCCAUGUUAGUGUGUAUAUAGACCAAGGCUGCAUCGGUUCGGAGAAACAUAGAAUGAAUAGAGCUUCGGUACUGAUGGGGCUUAACCAAAUCUCUAUACUCCAGAAGCUUUGCAAGGAACAAAGCUUGGACCGCUACUACAGAUGGAGAAACUCUGAGGACUGUACUUCGCUGGUGAAGACAAGACUAAAUCUGGGAAAGUUCUUGCCUGAUGUUUCUUGGUUGCUUGUUACAUCAGUUUUGAAAAACAUUGUGUUUCAGAUCAGAACCUUUCACGAGAAGAUGGUUUAUCAGAUUGUGGCGGAUGAAUGCUCUAGUAGCUCUUUGAGUGCAAUGAACAUCACGGUGGAAGACGGUGUUUUCAUGUCCAAAGUUGUUUUGUUCAAUCCAGCUGAGGAUACUCAUCAAGAUACUGAUGUAAAGCAGGAGAUCGAAGAGGAGGUAAUGGAGCUGCGUCGAUCCAAGAGAAGAAGUGGGCGGCCUGAUAGAUUCGCUGACUCUGAGAGUCAGCCAGAUUCAAAGGAUGGAUGGGUAAGGAUGAUGCCAUAUAGGUACAGCACAUGGACUGAUUUAAGUGAUGAUGAUGAAGAUUAUGACGAAGAAGAAUGUGAUGAUGAUAGAGAUACCGAUGACGAUUUAUACUUACCGUUAUCGCAAUUACUUGGAAAAAAGGGAAGCACAAAGGGAUUAAGUAAGGAUAAGCGAAGAGAGAUUGUUUUGAUAGACAAAACAGAGAUGAAGAAGAGGAAAAAAACAGAGAGAAUUGGUAGAAAUCGCGAGCUUUCGGUUAUUCCCUUCACUCCCGUCUUUGAACCUAUACCGUUGGAACAGUUUGGUUUCAAUGCAAAUAGUUUGUGUGGUGGUUCCUCUGGAAGUCAUUUGAUGGAUGAGAUAGAUAAGUAUCGUAGUAAAGCAGCAAAAUAUGGGAAAAAUAAGAAGUUUGAAAUGGACGAGAUGGAAUCUGAUCUAUGUUGGAAUGGACCCCUCAGGAAUGUGGUUCAAAAAACAAAUGGACAGCAUUCCCGAAUACGGUCUGUUUCUGGGAACACCGGAGUUUCCGAGGAACCACAGAUUUAUAAGAAGAGAACAUUGAGCGCAGGUGCGUAUAACAAGCUGAUAGACUCGUACAUGAGUAGAAUUGAUUCUACAAUUGCAGCCAAGAACGAAGCGACCAAUGUUGUUGAGCAGUUGAUGGGGUUAAAGAACGCUGCAAGCUCUUCCAUGGAAGCCGAAAAAAGUUCGAGUGAGGAUGAUGAUGAGGAAGAGACGUCAGAGAACGAGAUGCUAUGGAGGGAAAUGGAACUAUGCUUGGCUUCUUCUUACAUUCUUGAUGACAAUGAGGUGAGAGUGGAUAACGAGGCGUUCCAUAAAGCACUCGGUGGUUGUGAACAUGAUUAUGAAUUGAAUGAAGAAAUCGGAAUGUGUUGCAGAUUGUGUGGUCAUGUAGGAACUGAGAUGAAACAUGUUUCUGCACCUUUUGCGCAUCACAAGAAAUGGACGACAGAGACUAAGCAAGUCAACGAAGAUGACAUAAAUACUACUAAAGUGAACCAAGAUGGAGCUGAGAGUCAUAAUUACACUAUACCAGUUGCUUCCUCAGAUAUGCCCUCCGCUGAAGAAAGUGACAAUGUUUGGUCUCUUAUACCUCAGCUUGAGAGAAAACUGCAUUUACACCAGAAAAAAGCUUUUGAGUUUCUCUGGAGGAACCUAGCCGGGUCAGUGGUUCCCGCGAUGAUGGAUCCGAGUUCAGAGAAGAUAGGUGGGUGCGUGAUUUCUCAUACUCCUGGAGCAGGCAAAACAUUUCUGAUCAUAGCUUUUCUUGCAAGCUACUUGAAGAUAUUUCCGGGUAAAAGGCCAUUGGUUCUUGCUCCGAAAACAACCUUGUACACAUGGUACAAGGAGUUCAUCAAAUGGGAGAUUCCGGUACCCGUUCACUUGCUCCAUGGUCGUAGAACCUACUGUGUGGCCAAAGAGAACACCAUUCAGAUCGAGGGAAUUCCAAAACCGAGCCAAGAUGUUAUGCAUGUUCUUGACUGUCUCGACAAAAUCCAGAAAUGGCAUGCACAGCCUAGUGUUCUUGUAAUGGGUUACACAUCGUUUCUAACAUUGAUGAGGGAAGAUUCAAAGUUUGCUCAUAGAAAAUACAUGGCUAAAGUACUGAGAGAGUCUCCUGGAUUACUGGUUCUAGACGAGGGACAUAACCCGAGGAGUACCAAGUCGAGAUUACGAAAGGCCUUGAUGAAAGUUGAUACUGAUCUGAGGAUUCUGCUUUCGGGCACAUUGUUUCAGAACAACUUCUGUGAGUACUUCAACACUUUGUGCUUGGCUAGACCCAAGUUUGUUCACGAGGUUCUAGUUGAGUUGGAUCAGAAGUUCCAGACAAACCAAACUGAGCAAAAGGCGCCUCACUUGCUUGAAAAUAGAGCUCGGAAAUUCUUCCUCGACAUUAUAGCCAAGAAGAUUGACACAAAAGUGGGCGAUGAGCGCUUGCAAGGUCUCAACAUGUUGAGGAAUAUGACCAGUGGUUUCAUCGAUAACUAUGAAGGGAACGGAAGCGGAAGCGGAAGUGGUGACGUUCUCCCAGGUUUGCAGAUUUACACAUUGUUGAUGAACUCCACAGAUAUACAGCACAGAACUCUUACCAAACUUCAGAACAUAAUGUCGACUUACCAUGGAUAUCCACUCGAGCUCGAGUUACUCAUAACGUUAGCAGCUAUCCAUCCUUGGUUGGUCAAAACCACUGCCUGUUGCACCAAAUUUCUCAAUCCUCAGGAGCUUUCCGAGAUUGAGAAGCUCAAGCACGAUGCAAAGAAAGGAUCAAAAGUCAUGUUCGUGCUUAACCUCGUGUUCCGGGUGGUCAAGAGGGAGAAAAUCCUCAUAUUUUGCCACAACAUUGCGCCGAUUCGCCUGUUUCUUGAGCUGUUUGAGAAUAUUUUCAGGUGGAAGAGAGGCCGAGAGCUCCUGACCUUGACAGGGGAUCUUGAGCUGUUUGAGAGAGGCAGAGUGAUAGACAAAUUCGAAGAACCAGGAGGCCAGUCCCGUGUUCUGCUCGCUUCGAUCACGGCCUGUGCAGAAGGCAUCAGUCUAACCGCUGCAUCACGGGUGAUCAUGCUUGAUUCAGAGUGGAAUCCUUCUAAGACAAAGCAAGCAAUCGCACGUGCAUUCAGACCGGGACAGCAGAAAGUGGUGUACGUUUACCAGCUCUUGUCCAGAGGAACACUUGAGGAAGACAAAUACAGGAGGACAACCUGGAAAGAGUGGGUCUCAAGUAUGAUUUUCAGCGAAGAAUUUGUGGCGGACCCAUCUCAGUGGCAAGCUGAGAAGAUUGAGGACGAUGUUCUUAGAGAAAUCGUGGAGGAAGACAAAGUCAAAUCAUUCCAUAUGAUCAUGAAGAAUGAAAAAGCUUCAACAGGUGGCUAAUUGCGUAACUUUUACCGUUCAAGUUUUCUGUUUCACCAUGCAUUUAAUGAUGCUUCUUUAACAGCUUGUUGUAUUGUAAUAAAUAAACUUAUCUUGUAUCAAAAGUUUGUGUAACCCAUUCAUACUCUUGUUUGAUAAAGCAACCUCCAAAUAAGAUAAUUAAACA